AUGAACAUUCGAUGCAGUUUUUUCUUCGCUGCACCCCUCUCUCUUCUCGCCUUCUUCUUCCUCAUUCUUCUAAUUCUUCACGGUCACUUCUUCCAAUUCGUCACCACCUUCUCCGCCGCCUCCACCACCGGAUUUUCCGUUCCAACGGAUCGUCUCCGAACCAAAUUUUUCGGCGAGAAUCAUCCGCACUUCGCCGUCGGAGCCACCGGCGUUAUUCAUCAGAAAAAUACCGCAGAACGAACUGCCACGAGGAGAGUGAGAAAAGUUGAAGAAGAGCUGGCGGGAGCUCGAGCUUCGAUAAGAAAGGCGGCGGCAGCAGCAUCGGACGAAGAUAUUGACAGAAGCAAUUGCACUUUUGCAACCACCGUAGGUAACGGAGAUGGCGGAUUUGACGACGGCGGCGACCACUACAUUCCCGCCGGAGAUGUGUAUCGUAACUCCCGCCUAUUUUACCGGAGCUACUUGGAGAUGGAGAAAAUGUUCAAGAUAUACGUAUACCAAGAUGGUGAACUUCCAAUAACUCAUGAUGGCCCGUGCAAGGACAUAUACUCAAUUGAGGGAAGGUUCAUCCAAGAGCUAGAGCAUGGUGUACGUGGAGGGAAGUUUAGGACACAUGACCCCAAUUUGGCUCAUGUUUACUUCUUCCCAUUCAGUGUGACUUGGAUGGUGAAGUACCUCUACACUCCAUUGUCUUACAAUCUCACUCCUUUAAAGCAGUUUGUCUCUGAUUAUGUCAGAGUGGUCUCUACAAAGUACCCCUUUUGGAAUAGAACUCUUGGUGCAGACCACUUCAUGCUUGCUUGUCAUGAUUGGGCUCCUCAUGCAUCAAAGGGAAACCCUUCUCUCUACCACAACUCAAUCCGAGUCUUAUGCAAUGCCAACACUUCAGAGGGCUUCAAACCAAGAAAAGAUGUAUCCUUACCAGAAAUUCACCUCUAUGGAGGUGAAGUUUCCCCAAAACUCCUCUCACCUCCAAAAGACAACACCCCAAGAAGCUACCUUGCUUUCUUUGCUGGUGGAGAACACGGCCCAAUUAGGCCUAUACUCCUCCACCACUGGAAAAACCUGAACAACAACAAUGAUGAUGAUCUUAUUCGUGUAUAUGAGUACCUCCCUAAGGGCAUGGACUACUACUCCUUCUUGCUCAACUCAAAGUUCUGCCUUUGCCCAAGUGGGCAUGAAGUUGCUAGCCCAAGAAUAGUUGAGUCAAUUUAUGCAGAGUGUGUUCCUGUGAUCAUAUCAGAGGGUUAUGUUUUGCCCUUCAGUGAUGUGCUUCGAUGGGAGGCAUUUUCAGUUCAGAUGGAUGUUUCGGAUAUUCCAAGGUUGAAAGAUGUUCUUAGUGCAAUUCCAGAGGAGAGGUAUUGGAAGCUUAAGGAAGGAGUAAGGGCAGUGAGGAGACAUUUCACACUUAAUCAACCAGCUAAGAGAUAUGAUGCCUUUCACAUGAUCUUGCACUCUAUAUGGCUAAGGAGAUUGAAUAUAGAACUUAAUUAAGUAGACUUUAUAUCUUAUAGCCAUAGGCUUUAUUUAGCAGUCUGUUAUUUUCUCCAAUUUUUAUAUACGAUAUAUCAUAUAAGCAUAGGCAUAGCUGUAUGUUAUUUUCCAGGCCUUGAAAUAGGAAUAGGUGUUAACAAAAGAGAUUAAAUCAGAAAAUU